AUGAAGUUUAAAAGUUUGAUUUCGAGGUUGGGAUGUGAUAUUUUCAACUGGUUUGAUGAUCAUUUACCCAGUUUCGAUCAUCAGAUGGAUAAGAGAGUACGAAGUGAGCAAGUUGCUACGUAUGCAAGAAUCUGUUUCAUUCUAACGCUUUUUUUACUAUGUGUUGUAGUACCUUUAUGGAAUGUGGUGAGUCGAACGCAUCGAGUUUUUAGAAUGGUUCAGUAUGUGAAAAGAGGAAUGUUUAAAUCACAAUCAUGGGUUCACAAAUCACCAUUGUACCAUAAUCAAUCGUUCCAUCAGUGUUUGUUGUGGUCGAUUGUUGCUGGUGUGAGUUCUUUCUAUGGGGUCCAUGGGGAUUUAUUGCAAAUAACUAAAAGAAUGGGGAGGAUUGCGGUGGCAUUAAUGCUACCGUUGUUAUUUCUCACGUUAAGACCUUCGCCAUUGCCGGAGACUCUUUAUUUGACAUUGAUUCCUAUCCAUAAAUGGAUUUCCAGGGUCGUCGUGGUAGAGUCCCUGUUGCAUACAGUGUUUUACAGUUGGUAUAUGGCUAGAAACCAUGUUUUCCUGACAAAGAUUAAGAAAUUGGCCAACGUUUACGGAGUGAUUGCAUUGGUGUUGUUUGUGGUUAUCGCAAUUACUUCUUUGCAGAGGAUUAGGCGAUCGAAUUUCCAAAUUUUUUACUCAGUGCACUAUAUUAGCACUUGGCUAUCUGUUGUAUUGAUCCACAUGCAUGCCAGACCGGGAGUGCCUUUUUAUACAUUUCUGAAUGUUCUGAUUCUCAGUUCGCAGAUAGCGUAUCGACUGUACCGAACUAGAGUCACUACCAUAUCAGCGAUCAAAAUUUCCAAGUCGUUGACGUUGGUUGAGUUUCCACUACAUGAUCUAGCUGCUGAACCGAUAUUGCCUUCUGGGCAUAUCAGGUUGAGCAUUUGCGAGAACAAUUGGCUUAAGAGGUUAUUCCAUUUCCUUGUGCCUUUACAACACCCUUAUACGAUAGCCAGUUUGCCCACAGAUGAGACUGUCAAGCUUAUUGUAAGAAAUGGGCGUUUUCCAUUGAUCUCAAAUAAAAGAUACCUGGUCACCGGUGCAUUUGAACCUAGACUGGCGUUUAUGCAAAAGCCAGGGAAACCGGGAUCCCCGGCGAGUCAUUCGGUAAGAGGAAACACGUUUCUGAGUUCCGGAGCUUUAUCGCUAUCUCGUCUAAGUUUCGAGAUAUCGGCUCGUAGGGUGUUGAUGUGUGUCGGUGGCUCUGCGAUAUCCUUUGCUUUACCUUUACUAAGAAUCUUAAACUUCAAUGGUGUGACCGUGAAACUCAUGUGGGUUGUCAGAGAUUUUAGAGACUUGAAAGUUCUGCAUCAUUUCAAAAAUAACUUCGAUGGGCUGGAGAUCUAUAUUAGCGGUACAUUCGAGAGCGAACAGGAUAUUCAAAUCGAUUAUAUCGAUAGUUAUGGGAACGUCGAUAGUACAACAUCUCUUCAUCCACCAAGUCUAUGCAACUCUGGCAGAGGAGCUCCUGUUGCUUUAGAGGUUGCUCCUCCCGUCGGAGAAGCGUCACCUUUGAACGGGAACACUUUAAGUCAACGCACGGCGUCGCAGCUUAACAAUUAUGGGUCUCUCACCGAGACACGUUCAUCUACAGAUAUGGAUUGUGUUGGUGAUAUAGAUCCAAAUGAUGAAAUUGAUUUUACGAAUACCUUUUCUGCACGCAAUGUCAAGACACGAUCAGCGGAAAACUUGAAGGGGAACAAGGUUAACUCGUUCAUAAAUGGUGAUAUCUUUAGAAAACCAUCGAUUAUCGAACCUCCUCCAAGUGACGAAUCUGGAGGUUCUGAAAGUGAAGACUCUCAUGAAGAACAUCCAGAAUCAGAUGAUUCUGAUAUGAAGUUGAGAAUUCCUUCGACUGUUAAGGUUUUCUUUGGUAGACCAACGUUAGGUGGUACAGAAUAUGCUUGGUGUCUACAGAGAGAUUGUGACGCUGAGACUGCUACAGACCUUUACUGUCGAUCAAGGAAUGAGUAUGGAGCUAAUGCAGAUGAUUUAUCUGAAGUUUAUGUCGUAGCAGCAGGUCCUCCAACACUGAUCGAAAGUACUAGGCGCUUUGCCACUGAUGCCGGACUGCACUUUCAUGAGGAGAGUUUCGCUGUAUAA